GGUAAAUAAAAUAAAAAAAGUAAACUUGAAAUGUGCAGUAAACUGAGUGUCUUGGAAUGAGGAAGUAAACAACAGAUCAGCUGAAGUGAAACUCUGCUACAGUAGGUGAGGGAGACGGGUCUGAUGCACACUGUAGAUGUUUCCUGAAUCAGUACGACAUCCGGGUAUUUAUAACAAACUUACAUCUCACAUUUGUUCACAUAUUGCAUUUUGGACCAAUCAGGAUGAACUACUAGUGUAGUAGGAGGUUUGAAUACAGCCCAUCCGUUGUUGCACAAGACUUUUCUCAAUGCAUUGUGGGAUGAAUUCACACACUACAAAAUUGACAGUUUUAAUUUGAUCAUUUUAAUUUGAGGGAUUGUAAUACUAUAUACAUAUAAAUAUGUACAGAUUUGAUCACUUCUGUCAUUUUGUACGGCUGCAUGAACUUGACAGUGAUAUUUCUGGUCCCUAGAAGCAGCAGCAGAGUGAGACCUCCUCGCUUCUGCUGCCUCUCUGCUCUUUGUUUUUAGGAAACGUGUCCUUACAGAGACUCCAGCAGCGUUUGUUGUAGAUGAAUGAGAAAGACACAGCUCCAGCUCUCCACUGAAGCCCGACUCUGAACAAACAUGUCUGAGGCUGAACCGGUCUCGGUCCCGGAGGCCGCCGCCGCCGUCCUGGAAGCCCUGAACGCCACGGACUCGAACGGGACCGAGGCGCUCAACGCGACGGUUAAAUUCGUGGCCACACCGGAGGGUACGGCGCUGGCUUACGGCGGCCUGGUGUUCAUGGCGCUGCUGCCCAUCUUCUUCGGAGCCAUACGGUCCGUCAGCUGCUCUAAAUCCAAGGAGCUUGGAGACAAUGAUUACGACUCUGGGUUCAGAAAUGCAUCAGACAUGCCAGAGACCAUCACCAGCCGGGACGCCGCGCGGUUCCCCAUCAUCGCCAGCUGUACUCUGUUUGGACUCUACCUCUUCUUUAAGGUGUUCUCUCAGGAGUACAUCAACCUGCUGCUCUCCAUCUACUUUUUCGGUCUUGGCGUCCUGGCUCUGUCGCACACGAUGAGCCCUCUCAUGUCCAGAAUCUUUCCAGCUUCUUUCUCAAACAAACAGUUCCAGCUGCUCUUCACUCAGGGCUCCGGAGAGUCCAAAGAAGAAAUAGUGAACUACGAGUUUGACACAAAGAACCUGGUGUGUCUGCUCAUCAGCAGCGUGGUGGGAGUGUGGUACCUGUUCAAAAAGCACUGGAUCGCCAACAAUCUGUUUGGUUUGGCGUUCGCCCUGAAUGGCGUGGAGCUGCUCCACCUGAACAACGUCAGUACCGGUUGCAUCCUGCUGGGGGGGCUGUUUGUCUACGACGUCUUCUGG